ACAACUGUGAUGCGGUGAAGUGUGGGCCUGGCGGCAACUGCACGAGGGAUGCGAGCGGAGAUCCAUCCUGUAUUUGCAGCGCUGGCUUUAUGCCGUCUUCUGACAAGCUCUCUUGCAUUGACAACUGUGAUGGAGUGAAGUGUGGGCCUGGCGGCAACUGCACGAGGGAUGCAGAAGGAAAUCCAUUCUGUAGUUGCAACACAGGCUUCAAGCAGUCUUCUGACAAGCUUUCUUGCAUUG